AUGGCCCCCUCCGUCCGCGUCAUGCACGAGUUCCUCAAAUCCCAACUCUGCGUCACCGUCCCCGAGCCAACCACCAGCUUCGCCGACCGCGUCGUCAUCGUAACAGGCGGCAACGUCGGCCUCGGCCUCGAAACAGCCCGCACCAUCGCGCGCCUCGGCGCCGCCAAAGUCAUCAUCUCCUCUCGCUCCACCGCCAAGGGCGAAGAAGCGCGCAAAUCCAUCCUCGAAUCGCUCCCAGCCGACGAGAACAAGAGCCACGACGGCUCCCGCAUCGAAGUCUGGCCGCUGGACCUGUGCAACCACGCCUCCGUCCGCGCCUUCGCCGCGCGCGCCAACGCGCUCCCGCGCCUGGACGCACUCAUCUGCAACGCGGGCAUGGCGACGAUGAACUUCUCCAUGGCCGAGGGCCACGAGUCGACCAUCACGACCAACGUGAUAUCGACCUUCCUCCUCUCCCUCCUGAUCCUCCCGGCCCUCAAGCGCACCGCCGCCGCGACGCGCAGCCUCGCGCACCUCGUCAUCGUCUCGUCCGACGUGCACUUCUUCACCGACUUCGCCGAGCGCAAGCACGCCGCCGGUGCUCCCGGCAGCCUCUUCGCCGCGCUGCGCGACGAGCAAAAGUCCGACAUGAUGGACCGCUACAACGUGUCCAAGCUGCUCGAAGUCUUCGUCGUGCGCGAGCUCGCCGCCUUGACGGGUAACAGCAACAACAACAACAACAACAACCCCUACCCCGUCGUCAUCUCAGCCCCCAACCCGGGCUUCUGCACCAGCGAGCUGCGCCGCGAGGCGUACGAGGGCUCCUUCGCCAUCCGCCGCGGCAUGCGCCUGAUCGAGGCCAUGCUGGAGCGCACGACCGAGGAAGGAGCGCGCAACUUUGUGCACUGCGCCGCCGCCGGGACCGACUUCCACGGGCAGUACGUCAGCGAUGGCGUGCCCAAGGAGCCCGCGGCGCUGGUGCUGAGCGAGGAGGGCGGGAGGCUGCAGAAGCAGGUGUGGGCCGAGCUGAGGGAUAUCCUUGAGGGGAUUGAGCCGGGUGUCACGGGCAACAUCUGA